AACAACAGCUGCUUUUGCCAGUAGUUGGCGAUGUGACAUGUACGUCAACCAACCUGUGUGAGGUUUACAAGUUGUGUGUGUGUGCGCUAUCCGCCGUUUAUCCAUGGUGUUGCUGUGAGGUGAACUGCACACUCUGAAAAGGAGCACCAUGGCGAUGUGGAUCCAGGCCCAGCAGCUGCAGGGGGAGGCGCUGCAUCAGAUGCAGGCGCUGUACGGCCAGCACUUUCCCAUCGAGGUGCGACACUACCUGGCCCAGUGGAUAGAAUGCCAGCUCUGGGAUUCAGUGGAGUUGGACAACCCAGUGGAGGAAGCCAAAGCGAAGCGUCUGCUGGACAACCUGGUGUCUGAGCUGCAGAGGAAAGCCCAGCUGCAGGGAGGAGAGGACGGCUUCCUGCUCAAGAUCAAGCUGGGCCACUACGCCAACCAGCUCAAGAGCACUUAUGACCGCUGUCCUCUGGAGCUCGUGCGCUGCAUCAAACACAUCCUACACUCAGAGCAGAGGUUGGUUCAAGAAGCCACAAAUGCCAGCUCUGGGGGUGGGGGGCAGGCCAUGGACAGCCUGUCGCAGCGCCAUCAGCAGAUCAACCAGUCCUUCGAGGAGCUGCGCCUGGCCACACAGGAGACGGAGAACGAGCUGAGGAAGCUGCAGCACAGCCAGGAGUACUUCAUCAUCCAGUACCAGGAGAACAUGCGCAUCCAGGCCCAGCUGAGCAGCCUGUCCACGCUGCCUCCAGCUGAGCGCACCCAGAGAGAGACCACCCUGCAGAGCAAGAGGACCACUGUGGAGACCUGGCUCACCAGAGAGGCCAGCACACUGCAGAAAUACAGGCUUGACCUGUCCGAGCAGCACCAGAAGACGCUGGCCCUGCUGAGGAAGCAGCAGACCCUGAUCCUGGAUGAGGAGCUGAUCCAGUGGAAGAGGAGGCAGCAGCUGUCCGGCAACGGGGGUCCUCAUGAGGGGGGGCUGGACGUCCUCCAGUCCUGGUGUGAGAAGCUGGCUGACCUGAUCUGGCAGAACCGGCAGCAGAUCCGGCGCUGUGAACAUCUCACCCAGCAGCUCCCCCUGCCGGGCCCCAUGGAGGAGCUGCUGAGCAAACUCAACUCUGACAUCACAGACAUCAUCUCCGCCCUGGUUACCAGCACCUUCAUCAUAGAGAAGCAGCCCCCCCAAGUGUUAAAGACCCAGACCAAGUUUGCAGCCACAGUGCGCCUCCUGGUGGGGGGGAAGCUCAACGUCCACAUGAACCCCCCUCAGGUCAAAGCAGUCAUCGUCAGCGAGCAGCAGGCCAAAGCUCUGCUGAAGAAUGAGAGCACACACAGCUUUAUUUGCCUUGGCAGUGAAAGCAGUGGAGAAAUCCUCAACAACAACUGUGUGAUGGAGUAUCACCAGGCCACCGGCACCCUCAGUGCACACUUCAGAAAUAUGUCCCUGAAGAGGAUCAAGCGUUCAGACCGCCGCGGUGCAGAGUCGGUGACGGAGGAGAAGUUCACGGUUCUGUUCGAAUCGCAGUUCAGCGUCGGAGGCAACGAGCUGGUCUUCCAUGUCAAAACCUUAUCACUGCCUGUGGUUGUGAUUGUCCAUGGGAGUCAGGACAACAACGCCACAGCCACCGUCCUGUGGGACAACGCCUUCGCUGAGCCGGGCAGGGUGCCGUUCAUCGUGCCAGACAAGGUGAUGUGGCCCCAGCUGUGUGAGGCCCUAGAUAUGAAGUACAAGGCAGAGAUGCACAGUGGGCGGGGGCUGUCGGAAGAUAACAUGGUCUUCCUGGCGCAGAAAGCUUUUACAAGCAGCAGCAACAACCCUGAGGACUUCCGCAACGUGAGCAUAUCCUGGGCCCAGUUCAACAGGGAGAGCUUACCCGGACGCAACUUCACCUUCUGGCAGUGGUUUGAUGGAGUUGUGGAGCUCAUGAAGAAACAUCUCAAGCCUCACUGGAAUGAUGGGGCCAUCCUGGGCUUUGUUAACAAGCAGCAGGCCCAGGACAUGCUCCUGUCCAAACCCAACGGCACGUUCCUGCUGCGAUUCAGCGACUCAGAGAUUGGAGGCAUCACCAUCGCCUGGGUGGCUGAGAACCCCAACAAGCAAGGUGAGAGGCUGGUCUGGAAUCUGUUGCCUUAUACAACAAAGGACUUUUCCAUCCGUUCCCUGGCGGACCGCAUCAGUGACCUGAACCAUCUUCUGUUCCUGUACCCGGACCGGCCCAAAGACGAGGUCUUCGCCAAGUACUACACCCCUCCCCUCUCAAAAGCGGUGGAUGGAUACGUAAAACCACAGAUCAAACAAGUUGUGCCAGAGUAAGUUGUGUUUUCUCUCUU